GUCAAAACUAUAAACAUUCCCUAAAAUACAAAAUACUAAUAUUAUAAGAAAUAAGAAGUAAUUUUACGCCUAGUGACUGAUAGUAUGUGCGAGAACUAAUCACAAUGAAUGAUCACAUGGAAGCGUUGACGAUGAUCCUGAUGUGCGGCGACGGAACGUGCUGUUGUAUCCCACGGAGGAGCAUGAUUGCCCUUAUAGCCAUCAUUAGUCUGGUAGCUUGCCUUCUAGAUAUGCUAACAACGGAGAAGGCCAGCCAAUUUCCCGAGAACUGCAGACUGAUUUGCACAGAGAUCGAGUGUGCGAAGCAGCUUCUCAUGACGCUAUUUCAAAUGGCGAAUCUACUGUUACUGCUUGCUUCCAUUGUUGAGAGUGCAAUCUUAGUCCAACUGUACGUAUGGUACACCCUGGCGUUUGUCGUGAUGGGCCUGAUCGUGAACAUCGUGGAUUUCCUCUUCAAGUACAAAGUAGAAGGCACGUCGUGUCUGCUCGGGUUCGUCACUGAAGUCUGUUUUUUAUUUGUUAUAUUCAGAUGCUUACCACUAGUGGACACGUACAGAAAACACAUCAGCGGCGACUCCGACCUAACAUCAUAAACUGUAAAUACAAAGCGAUGAAAAAUAAAAAUCACAAAAUAAUUUUUAAACUUUUUCAUUUUUAUAUUUUUGUACUAUCU